AUGAGGGACACAGGCCUCCCUAUUCCUCCUAUUCCCGUUUGCCCUGAAUGUCCCCACUCCAGCAGUGGUGGCGCCCAGGCCCUGAUUGCCUCAAGGAUCCGAUCUGAAAAAAUGCAGGCCAGCGGGCCCCGGGAGGAGUGGCCAGCGGUGAGGAAUCCCAGAAGCCCCUCCGAGGGAGACCCCUCCAGAGACCUCCAGGAAGAGAUCACCGCGACACAGGUGCAGGAGCCUCUCAUGGAGCCCCCAGGCAAGCGGCCCCUGCAGGAGCUCCCCGCAGAAGAGUCCGUGUCUGAGGACUCAAGUACCGAGGCGGCUCCCAGCAGGCAUGUUCUCUACGUGGGCCACCUGAACCCCCAGUUCUCAGUGCCCGUGCUCGCCUGCCUGCUGCGAGACGCCCUGGAGCGGCUGGAGCUGCCGGUGGCACGGGAGCACAUCCAGGUGGUGAGGCAGCCACGCAGGGCCUACGCGCUGGUGCAGGUGGCCGCCCACGAGGACACCCUGGCCUCCCUGCCCUGGCGCCUACACACGGCCUUGGAGGAGCACCAGAUCAUCAAGGAGCUGGUGGCCCCCGGGAAGGAGCUGGUGCUGGGUGAGGGCCGGGAGCCCUCAAACCGCAGAGAGGAGGAGGACAGCGGCCCCAGCCCCAGCCCCAGCCCCAUCCUGGGCUCCAGCCCCUCGCCGGCCUGGCUCGCCGGACCCCUUCCUACCCAGGCCCCCACCCCACGGCGGGACUCCCCGGGCCGGCCCAGUGGCACGCGUUCAGACAGCGCCAUCGUGCACCAGGAGAUCCUGGGCCAGGAGUGCCUCUUCCAGGGCGCCUUCCUGGGCAGUGAGACACGCAACGUGGAGUUCAAGAGGGGCGGCGGCGAGUACCUGAGCCAGGCCUUCAAGCACCACCUGCGUCGCUACGUGUGCGCCUUCCUCAACAGCGAGGGCGGCAGCCUGCUGGUGGGCGUGGAGGACAGUGGCCUGGUGCAGGGCAUCCGCUGCAGCCACCGCGACGAGGACCGCGUGCGCCUGCUGGUGGACUCCAUCCUGCAGGGCUUCAAGCCCCAGGUCUUCCCCGACGCCUACAAGCUCACCUUCAUCCCCGUGGUCAGCACCUCUGCCACCGGCACCCCCCUCAAGGUGAUCCGCCUGAGCGUGCACGCCCCCAAGGCCCAGGCCCAGCCGCAGCUCUACGAGACGGACCAGGGGGAGGUGUUCCUGCGGCGGGACGGGAGCAUCCAGGGCCCCCUGUCCGUACGCGCCAUCCAGGAGUGGGGCAGGCAGAAGUGGACGGCCGAGCUGAGCAAGCUGGAGGAGAGGCUGCGGGUGCUGACGGCCGAGAAGGAGCAGCUCCAGCAGCAGCUGCAGCGGUACAAGCCCACCUCCUGCACCUGCUGUGUCCUGUGA